AUGAAGUUCACUCUCCUUGCCCUCUCUACCCUCACGGCCUCCCUCGCGGCCGCAUACCCCAUCACCGGCGACGACGUCAAGUGUCGCUCUGGCCCAGGCACCAGCUAUGGAGUCAAGAAGGUGUUGAAGAAGGGCACCGACGUCACAAUCACCUGCCAAACCGAGGGCACCAAUAUCAGCGGGAAUACCAUCUGGGAUAAGAUCUCGGAUGGCUGCUACGUCUCGGACUACUACGUCAAGACGGGCUCCAAUGGAUACGUCAAGCCCAAGUGCGGCGGAGGUUGCUCUGCGCCGUCGUCUAACCAGGCUACCGUGGACCUGAUUGGCGAGUUUGAGGGUUUCGUUCCUCAUAUCUACAAGGAUGCUGCUGGCUAUCCUACCGUAGGCUACGGUCAUCUCUGCAAGAACUCCAAGUGCACUGAUGUUAAAUACCCAAUCCCCCUAUCAAAGGCCAACGGCAAGAAGCUUCUCGCGGAUGACAUGAGAAAAUUCGAGAAAUGCAUCGCCAAAAUGGUCAGCAGCAAAGUCACCCUCAAUAAAAACCAAUUCGGUGCCCUGGUCAGUUGGUCUUUCAACGUCGGCUGCGGUGCCGCCGAGGGAUCGCAGCUUAUCAAGCGCCUCAAUAAGGGCGAGAAGCCUAAUACUGUGAUUUCUGGGGAGCUGCCUAAGUGGGUUUACGCGGGCAAGAGGAAGCUCCCAGGACUCGUCCGUCGGCGCAAUGCUGAGAUUGCCUUGGCUAAGAAGGCGGCGAGCGAGAAGGCUCUUCCUGUGAAGUGCUAG